UCCCCUGGUACAGGGGGGACACCCCAAUCCCUUGAGGAACAGGGACCCCCACAUCUCCUUGGUGUCCAGGGGGACCCCAAUUCCGUGAUAACAAGGAUCCUCAAGUCCUUCAAGAGACACAAACUCCGUGGGGGACCCCAACUCCUACAAGGAUCCCCAACUCCGGGGAGGGGGUUCUAACUCCUCUAGGGGACCCCAACUCCUUCAGGGGACCCCAGCUCCGUAGUACCCAAAUCCUUUAGGGGAUCCCAAAACCGUGUGGGGACCCCAACUCCUUUAAGGGCCCCAAGUACUUCACGGGACCCCAAAACCACAGGGGGCUCUAUGGGAUUCCCGCUCCCGGGACCCCGAUUCCUGUAGGGGACCCCAACCCCACAAGGAAUUCCAGCUCCCGGGACCCCGACUCCUUUCUUUGGGGAUUCCAGCUCCGUGGGGGGAGACUCCAACUCCUGCACGGGACCUCAGCUCCUUGAAGAGACCCCAAGUCCGCGGGUAGAGACCCCGGCUCCCUUCAGACCCAGCUGGGCACCGGGUGCCCGUUCCCAGCCGUGCCCUUGGGGGCUCCGGCGGCGAUUUAAGGCCGGCGGGUGCCCGGGACAGCCACACUCGAGCCAUGGCUGCCAUGCUGAGCCUUGUCCUGCUGCUGGUGGCCGGCGGGGUUCGCGCCGCGGUGCUGCCCGACGCCAGGGUGGUCAAUGGGCAGGAUGCGGAGCCCUACAGCUGGCCCUGGCAGAUCUCGCUGCAGUACGAGCGGGACGGCACCUUCCGCCACACCUGCGGGGGCACCUUGAUCGCGGCCAACUGGGUGAUGACGGCCGCGCACUGCAUCUCCAAAUCCCGCACGUACCAGGUGGUGCUGGGCGAGUACGACAGGAGCACCGGGGAGGGCCCCGAGCAGACCAUCCCCGUGAACUCCGACGACAUCUUCGUGCACCCCAAGUGGCUCAGCUUCUGCGCGGCCUGCGGCAAUGACAUCGCCCUGAUGAAGCUGCAGCGGCCGGCCGUGCUCUCGGCCGAGGUGCAGGUGGGGCGGCUGCCGCCCGCCGGCUCCGUGCUGCCCAACGGGUACCCCUGCGUGCUCAGCGGCUGGGGGCUGCUCACCACUGGGGGGUCGCUGCCGGACCGGCUGCAGCAGGCAGAGCUGCCCGUGGUGGACUAUGAGCACUGCACCCAGCCCGACUGGUGGGGGGCCCUGGCCAUCCGCCGCACCAUGAUCUGUGCCGGCGGCGCCGAGAAGUCCGGAUGCAAUGGCGACUCUGGGGGACCCCUGAACUGCCAGGCUGAGGAUGGCACCUGGGAGGUCCACGGCAUCGCCAGCUUCGUGUCAGCCCUGGGCUGCAAUGCCGCCAAGAAACCCACGGUGUUCACCCGCGUGUCCGCCUUUGAGGACUGGAUUGAAGAGACCAUUAAAAACAACUGAGCAUGGCAGCGUCCUUGUCAUCGACCCCCCACAGCCUGGCAUCAGGCAAAUAAACCACAACUGCUGGCA